CGAGGCCCGGCGCAGCCUCGGGCGCGGAGGAGCGGCUCGCGCGCCUCCCCGGCGGCCGCGUGCGCAGGCGCAGAGCGCAGUAACUGCCGGUUGGAGGCGGCCGAACCGCAGAGGAGAGAGACCCCGGCGACGGAGGCUGCGGCGCGGUCGCUCCUGCCUCUCCGCGGUGGCUCGAGGCUCUGCCCUAGAUUCACAGCGUAGCGACUCCGGGUCUUCUCUUCUUUGCUUCUCGUAGGAGUCGCUUUCCCAGGAGGAACAGCCCCGAAGAGGACGCGGUCCCCCGCGCAGCACCGGCGCCCCGACCCCCCGGCGGCGGGAUGUCUGUGGUUGGCAUCGAUCUCGGCUUCCUCAACUGCUACAUCGCCGUAGCGAGGAGCGGCGGCAUCGAGACCAUCGCCAAUGAGUACAGCGACAGGUGUACCCCGGCCUGUAUAUCUUUGGGAUCAAGAACUCGAGCCAUUGGAAAUGCAGCUAAGAGCCAGAUAGUCACAAAUGUAAGAAAUACAAUUCAUGGCUUCAAAAAGCUUCAUGGACGAUCAUUUGAUGACCCUAUUGUGCAAACUGAAAGAAUCAGGCUUCCCUAUGAGCUGCAGAAGAUGCCUAAUGGGAGUGCGGGAGUUAAGGUGCGGUACCUGGAAGAAGAGAGACCUUUUGCUAUUGAGCAAGUUACUGGAAUGCUGUUGGCCAAGCUUAAAGAGACUUCAGAAAAUGCUUUGAAGAAACCAGUGGCUGACUGUGUGAUUUCAAUUCCAAGCUUUUUCACGGAUGCUGAGAGACGAUCCGUCAUGGCCGCAGCCCAGGUUGCAGGUUUAAAUUGCUUAAGAUUAAUGAAUGAAACUACUGCAGUUGCGCUAGCAUAUGGAAUUUAUAAACAGGAUCUUCCCGCAUUAGAUGAGAAACCAAGAAAUGUAGCAUUUAUUGAUAUGGGACAUUCUGCCUACCAAGUCUCAGUUUGUGCUUUUAACAAAGGAAAACUUAAAGUCUUGGCUACUACCUUUGAUCCAUAUUUGGGUGGCAGGAACUUUGAUGAGGCUUUAGUAGACUACUUCUGUGAUGAGUUCAAGACCAAAUAUAAGAUAUAUGUGAAAGAGAACUCUCGGGCCUUGUUGCGUUUAUAUCAGGAAUGUGAAAAACUAAAGAAGCUGAUGAGUGCGAAUGCAUCAGAUCUUCCGCUGAACAUUGAGUGUUUCAUGAAUGACCUUGAUGUUUCUAGUAAAAUGAACAGGGCCCAAUUUGAGCAGUUAUGUGCUCCCCUCUUUGCCAGAGUGGAACCACCAUUGAAAGCAGUAAUGGAACAAGCUAACUUACAACGUGAAGACAUAAGUAGUAUAGAAAUUGUAGGGGGAGCAACGCGAAUUCCUGCAGUGAAGGAACAAAUUACUAAAUUCUUCCUUAAAGACAUAAGCACCACGUUAAAUGCUGAUGAAGCUGUUGCAAGAGGAUGUGCAUUACAGUGUGCGAUUCUCUCACCAGCAUUUAAAGUGCGUGAGUUUUCCAUAACGGACAUUGUACCCUAUUCAAUCACACUAAGGUGGAAGACCUCUUUUGAAGAUGGAACUGGGGAAUGUGAAGUAUUCUGUAAGAACCAUCCUGCCCCAUUCUCAAAAGUCAUUACUUUCCACAAGAAGGAACCAUUUGAACUAGAAGCAUUCUACACUAAUAUACAUGAAGUGCCUUAUCCUGAUCCAAGAAUUGGGAGCUUCACUAUUCAGAAUGUUUUUCCACAGUCUGAUGGUGACAGCUCCAAAGUGAAGGUUAAAGUUCGCAUUAACAUCCAUGGAAUCUUCAGUGUGGCUAGUGCAUCAGUCAUUGAGAAGCAAAAUGUAGAAGGGGAUCACAGUGAUGUUCCUAUGGAGACAGAAACUUCUUUGAAGGAUGAAACUAAAGAUGAUGUGGAUAAAAUGCAGGUUGACCAAGAAGAAGGUCAUCAAAAAUGUCACGCUGAGCACACCCCAGAAGAGGAAAUUGAUCAUACAGGAACCAAAACAAAGUCAGCACCCUCCGACAAACAAGACCGAUUAAACCAGACCAUUAAAAAAGGGAGAAUCAAGAGUAUUGAUCUACCUAUCCAGAGUAGCCUGUGUAGACAAUUGGGCCAAGAUCUUCUGAAUAGCUACAUUGAAAAUGAGGGGAAAAUGAUAAUGCAAGAUAAGUUGGAGAAAGAAAGAAAUGAUGCUAAGAAUGCUGUUGAAGAAUAUGUAUAUGAUUUUAGAGACAAGUUGGGCACUGUCUAUGAGAAGUUUAUCACUCAAGAGGACUUGAAAAAACUGUCUGCAAUGUUGGAAGACACAGAAAAUUGGCUUUAUGAAGAAGGAGAGGACCAACCUAAACAAAUUUAUGUAGAUAAGCUUCAAGAACUAAAGAAAUAUGGCCAGCCCAUUCAGAUGAGAUACAUGGAACAUGAAGAGAGACCAAAAGCUUUAAACGACUUGGGGAAGAAGAUCCAGCUGAUCAUGAAAGUGAUAGAAGCGUACAGAAACAAGGAUGAAAGAUACGAUCAUUUAGAUCCUGCUGAAAUGGAAAAAGUUGAAAAGUAUAUCAGUGAAGCAAUGAUUUGGCUGAACAGUAAGAUGAAUGCACAGAAUAAACUAAGUCUUACUCAAGAUCCAGUGGUGAAAGUUUCAGAAAUAGUUGCAAAGUCAAAGGAACUGGAUAAUUUCUGUAACCCCAUCAUUUACAAACCCAAACCAAAAGUAGAGGUUGCAGAAGACAACGCCAAAGCUAACAGUGAACACGACGGACAAACGGAUGGACAGAGUGGAGCUGAAGCGAAACCAGACCCGACGAGAGACAGCUCACAGCACACGAAAUCUUCUGGGCAGAUGGAAGUGGACUAAGUCUGAACGUUACCUUCGUGCAGUGUAAACAGUGCAAGUAACCACGGGGUCCACUCUUCCUUUACAUCUGGCACACACAACAGAUGUUCAGCUGUUCCUAACCACUUUUGUCAUUUGUUGUUUGGAGUAGUUUUGAAAAGUGUUUUAUAUUGAGUACACAUCUGUUCAUUUCUGUUGCUGCUUAUGCGGAGCUUUAGCUGAAUAUAGAUUUACAAGUCAGUUUAAGCUUUCCUAAUAUAUUUUAUAUCACAUGCAAGAUUGAUACGUACGUAGUUGGCAACAAUCUACCUUAUUUAAAGCUUCUGCUUGGAUAAACUUCAGCUCCUUAUUCAGGAAAGGAUACUGUAUUGCACUAUUGUUGCAGAAGUAUAGAUAUAACUAACAGAUCAUUAUUUUGAGAAACAAAAACUGAAAUUGGUGUGGUAUAAAGUCACUGAGGCACUGACCUUUUUCUAGUGAUUGUAUUGUUCUAACUUAAAUAUUAAAACAAAUCCGAGGUUCCUCAACAACUUAGUCCAUCUCAUUGGUGUGCCAUGAGAACUCCAAAACAUUGCUGUUAACCACAGAAAUGAACAACAAAUCACAUGUUGAAAGGCAGAAUGCACAAUGUUAUGCUCAGGUGAUGCCAGCAGUUUUCCUCUUUUAUAAUGUGGAUUGUUGUUUCCUUAGAGUGGUUCAGUGUCAUUUCUACUUGAAACUUCUGAUCCAGUUUCCCAGAAGACCUGCUAUGUAAUAGUAGCCUAAAGAAAAGAAAGCAUUUUUGGUGAAAAAUCUUAAGUAGGAAACACUGUUGACCUACUCAGACAUGUAUCUGUGACAUUGAUAGGACUUGUAACAGUUUUAAUAGUUCUUUUAGUUUUAUUAAUUGAUUUUGUUCAUAUCUUAACAUAGGGCAGGGGAAGAUGGCACAGCGUAUUGUAUAAAUGUGCAUUUAUCACUGAAUUACUUAAUGUUAAGAUACAGAUAAACACUAUUAAAUAAGCAGUAAUACUUGAAAAGAAGCACUUACACCCUAAGUCUUAGGAAAUAAUGCUUGUAAUAAACUUAACUGUGUUACAUAUCAACAGGCAAAAUAUAGAAUGUUACCUAGUGUAAUAUCAUAUGGUGUGAUUAAAUUACAGUUCCUGCUGUUACAUUACCUGUUCAGACCUUGGCUCCAGUUUUGGUGCUUCUUAUAUAAAUGAUACGGGACAAGGGACUGUGAAAUUAAGGUAUUUUAAGGACUUAAUCUGUGUUUCGUCACCAGACUGGUUCACAUCGUUCAGUUCUGCCCACAGGCUGGAAACUAACCGGGAGCAGACGGAAACGGUUGUUGGACGCAUAAGCAAAAGGAGCACAGACAGUGCGUGGGCGCUUGUGGUAAAUGCCAAUCAGCUAGACUGACCUAGUUUUGAAAUUGUGAAAGGCUCACCUUCUCCCAAAGCUAAAUCUUUAUAUUGAGAAGAAUUAAUGCUGACUUUUCUUAAGUAGUAAACAUUGAGAGUUUAAUAUCUUUAGGGAUAGUCAUUAUUUCUCACAACUAGUUCUCUACGAGAGGUUUCGUUCCUACAAUGUAGUUUGCACUGAAAGGGGAGUACGGGGGAGGAGUGUGUUUUCCAGGGUUUCUAUUCAUCCUUUUUCAGGGAGAUGUCCCUUUUUUGCAUUAAAAAAAUCAUAUAUCUCCAAUACAUUUUAAUGUCUAAUAGCCUUUAAAUGGUCCUUGUAAUACUCUUAAGAUGAAAUACUUGUAAUUAUAUCUGUUAGUAAUAAGCGAUGAAGUAUAUUAUGUUAAAAAGCAUGUAUCAGUUAUUUUUGACUUGUAUGUUGAAUAUAUAGGUUCAUUUCAGGGAGGACAGAGGUAUUAAAGGGAAUUCGUAACAGUACAAGUAAAGGGUUUACAGAUUUUUUUUGAGUUGACAAGAGGACCUCUCCACUUUUGUUAGGAGCUAUAUACCUCAAAAACUUCUUGGGAAUAAAUGUGGGAACAACCCUUUCUUCGUCUGAAUUGUCUAGCAUAUCCUGACAUUUUCCAUUUCUUCUCUUAAAUCAGUUUAUGUAGUUCUGUAUUUUGGGUAAACAUAUAACAUUCCAUUUGUUUGCUGUUACGUAACACUUAAUAAGUUAAAUACAUCCAAAGGUAAUAUGUAUACUUUUUACCUAUUUAUUCAACAUACAUGAUAUUUUCAAAAGCUCUUUAACCUUGUAAUGUAAUUAUUGACUACAUAAUAAAAGCAAAUGUUCUCCUUAAUACAGUUUUGGUUAGGUGGUAUAGUUUAGUUUAACUAAAUGACUGAACAAAUUAAAGAUUUUUUUUCAAAAUCAAAAACCACUAUUGCCCUGACUGGCUGGCUGGCUUAUCUGGUUGGAGCUUGGUCCUGUACACCAGAAGGUUCUGAGUUUAAUCCCCAGUCAGGGCACCCACCUCAGUUGCGGCUUCAGUCCCUGGUCAGUGCGUGUGGGAGAGGCAGUCAGUCAGUGUUUUCACGUUGAUGUUUCCCUCUCAGUCUCACGCUCCCCCACCCCUUUCUCUCUCUCUAAAGUUGAUCAACCAUAUCCUCAGGUGAGGAUUAAAAAAGAUAAAGCCACUAUUUUAGGAGUUAUUUUAAAAGAUACAUAGCAAAAUAGACUUUUCCUAUAGCAAAUGAAAACUAAGUAUGUACAGAUAUCUGGGAUGAUUAAUAAAUAUCAGUACACUUCAGCUCUACAGAAAAGUAUAAAUUGUUUGGUUUGAAAAGCCAACUCCUAACAGUUCAUUGUACUGUAACUAUAAAAACAAAAACUGCUAAAAAUAUAUAACAGAUUUUAAUUCCUUAGCAGUAUACAGAAUUGUUCAGUUUUAAAACAACUAGAAACAGCACACCAAAGAAUGAGUCCAUUGGAAUAAUAGAUAAUCUCAGUUUUAAAAGGGUAACAGACUUUUAUAAAGAAGAAAUAAAAAUGUCUUAGUCUUUUGUGGGGGGGUCAGUUUUUAGUAUGUUUGUGAUUAUUUCCUUGAUGCAAUUCUUAAUUUAAAGUGAAUUUGGGGACUCAGUGAUCCCCAAAUGUAAUAAAAUGCUAGUGUUAAAGCAUUUUAUCCAAAUUAGUAAAUUUUUAACUGUUUAAAAAAUAUUCAUAUUUAAAGGCAGUAGACGUUUGAAUAUAGUAAUCAAAUUAGCUGACUUCAGUUUGACCCAAAAUAGAUCUGUAGAUCAGAUCUAACCCAUCCAUUCUCAUAAAUUUGAGUUCUAAUAAUGUUUGUAAAGAUUCCCAUUAAGAUUUAGUUUUCCACAUUAAUUUUCUAAAAUUUGCUUUUUAUGUGUGCCCUGACUGAGGAUUGAACCCACAACCCUGGCAUAUCGGGAUGAUGCUCUAACCAACAGAGCUACCCAGCCAGGGCAAGAUUAAUUUUAAGUAAUAAGCAAACAAACAGCCUGAGAUUCGUUGAGAGAGAACCUGAAAUGACUUUCUUUUUUAAUAGUUGGUAUUUGGUGGUCCACAACAGCCAAAGCCUUAGCAUGAAUUUUACAUACCAGAUUUAUAAGUGAUUCUUCUCUGAACAGGAAAAUAGAGCUUCAUCUUUCUCGCCUUUUAGAAUUUCGUAACAAGAGAAACUUCAGUUCUAAAGUAAAUGUGAUUUUGUAGUUAAACUAUGGAAGUUUUGAGUUGUAAGUGGAUUUUGGUUUUGUGAUAUUUGGUCAGAGGCAUAUCUAAUUGUAUUGCUCUAUCAACUUUUAAAAUCUGGUAGCAUUGAUUAAGUAGCCACUGAUGACUUUUUAAAUGACACAGGUAGGGAUACUUAUAAAAGUUGGAUUCUAAUAUUUUAUUUUCCUCUUAACAUGUUUUCUAACCAUCAGUGAUUCUUAAAACAGUCAUUCAAUUUCAGAAGAUACAGACUUUUUAUGAAAAAAAGAAAAACAGGUUUAAAAUUACUUUUUGUUUUUUUGUCAAGGAAGGUCUAAAGUAUCAUUUUAAAAUAAUUCCCAGGAAGCACAUAAUCUUUUCUUUUGAUAAAGGUAACAAAUUUAAUGUAGAGCAGAGACUAAGACUUUUAAUCAAAAUGACCAAAAAAGAAACUUGAGCUAUUUUACUUUCACAUUUAUACUUUAAAGUACAUCAGAAUUAAUAUUCUUCCAUGUACUCAUAUGUUGCCCAAAAAAACAACUUUAGGUUUACAACAAGACCAGAGCUCUAAGUUUGUUUGUUUGUUUUCUUACUAAAUUCAAGGGUAAUUGUUUUAUGCAAUUAAUGGGUGCCUGGAAUCUUUAGAAAAACAAACUGAAACUGUUUAGAAGAAAAGAAGAAAACCUGAAUCUACAGCAGUGGUCAGUACCUAUAGGUGGAGUACUAUAGGCUCUUUCAUCUUUCAGAUCCCAAAGAAUACCUCUAGCAAUAUUGUUAGAGUAAGGAUUGAGAGAAAAAGCAUGUGAGUUAAAAUACAUUAUUAAAUGACCUGGAGCUUUCAAGUCAAAAAAAUAAAAAUUGAAUCAUGAACAUUUUAUUCAGUCUGUCAGAUAGGUCAACAUCCAUAACAACAACAGAAAUUAAUAGUAUGGUUUUUGCUUUGGAAAUUCUAAUUUACUGUCAUGUUCUAAGUCACAGGAUAAUCGGGGAAAUGUACUGAUACCUGAAAAUGACCCAUCCUAUAAAGAGAUGAGCGAAAUUCAACAUGUUUUAGACAGUUUAAUUAUAUUAUAGUGUGUAAACUAUAAAUGAAAAUGGUCUUCAGUCUUUUCUGUCUUGUUUUAUUUAUCCUCGCAUCAUUUCUAGAGUCUUAAGUGAUCAUGAUAUUUUCUCAAGUCUACUUGCUUUUUUAUUUUUGAUUAUUCUUUAGAUCUUUUAUUUCAUGGAUUUAAAAAAUUUAAAUCGUUUUUUUAUUUUUCAGUCGUAGUGAACAUACAAUGUUGUAUCAGUUUCUGGUAUAUCCCCCAGCAAUUAGGUAUUGUGUAACUUACUAAGUGAUCAUCCUGAUAAAUCUCGUGCCCAUCUGACACCAGGCGUAAGUAUUAGAACGUUAUCGAUUGGGCUCCCCCCCAGUGCUGCACUUCACAUCCCCACGACGGUCCCACAACCAGUUGGCACUUCUCAGUCUCUUCGCCUUUUUCACCACCCCCAGCUCCCCUCCCAUCUGGCAACCAUUGAAAUGUCCUCUGUAUGUAUGACUCUGUUUCCGUUUUCCUUGUUUGUUUAUUUUUUGUUAGAUUCAUUUGUUGAUAGAUACUAUUUAUUGCCAUUUUGUUGUUCACAUUUUUUAUAUUUUUUUCUUCUACUUGAAGGAGACCCUUUAACAUUUCACGUAAUACUGGUUUGGUGGUGAUGGACUCCUUUAGCUGUUCCUCGUCUGGGAAGUUCUUUACAUGUCCGUCGAUUCUAAAUCAUAGCUUUGCUGGAUAAUCUUGGUCGUGGUCUUGCUUUUCAUCACUUGGAAUAUUUCUGGCCAGACCCUUCUGGCCUGCAAAGUUUCCAUUGAGAAAGCAACUGAAAAUCUUAUGGGAGCUUUCUUGUAGGUAACUAACUGCUUUUCUUUUGCUGCUUUUAAGAUUUUCUUUGUCUUUAACCAUUUGCAUUUUAAUUAAGAUGUAUCUUGGUGGGGGCCUCUUUGGGUUCAUCUUGUGGGGGUUCUGCGCUUCCUGGACUGGAAUGUCUAUAUAUCUACUUCCUUCACCAAGUUAGGGAAGUUUUCUGUCAUUUUUUCAAGUAGGUUUCCAGUGCCUUGCUGUUAUUGCUCCUGUGGUGGCGCCCCCAUGAUGUGAGUGUUUGUCUGCUUGAAAUUGUCCUAGAGCUCCUUACACUAUCUUCUUCUUCUUCUUUUUUUCUGGAUUCUUUUCUCUUUUUGCUGUUCUAAUUGGGGGUUUUUCCUUCUGUAUAUUCCAAAUCACUGAUUUGAUUUUCAGUUUUAUCCACUCUACUGUUGAUAUCCUGUAAAUUAUUCUCCAUUUCAGCUAGUGUAUCCUUCAUUUCUGACUGGUUCUUUUUUUAUGGUUUCCAUGUCCUUUUUUAUGCUGUUGAAGCUUUCUCUAGAUUCAGCUACUCUUCCCCUAAGUUCAUUGAACAUCCUUAUAACCAGUGUUUUGAACUUUGCAUCUAGGAGAUUGCUUGUCUCUAUUUUGUUUAGUUCUUUUGUCUGGAGUUUUAUUCUUUCCUUUCAUUUGGGACAUGUUUCUUUGUCUCCUCAUUUUGGCAGCCUCCCUGUGUUUGUUGCUAUGCAUUUCAUAGAGCUGCUGUCUCCCUGGCUGGGUAGAGUGACCUAAUAUAGUAGGUAUUUUGUAGGGUACAGUGGUGGUACAGCCUCCCCAGUCAUCCCAUUUGGGCACUCCAGGUACACUCCCCCACCCCUGUGUGGGCUGCAUGUACCCUCCUGUUGUAUUUGAUGCUUGAUUGCUAUUGGCACCUCAGUGGGAAGGAUUUACCCUCAGGCCCGUCGGCUGCAAGCACUGGCCGCAACCACCAAGCACUGUGGGGGAUCAGCUGUGCAGGGCCCUCCCCACAGAGCAGGAUUGACUUCAGCAGGGCUCUGGUGCCCUCGGAGUCUGCCCCUUGAGUGUGUCCCUCUGGAGGUGGCUGGGCGGUGCUUUCCUGUGGUCUGAAAUUACCCACUGGGUGUGCUGACUCUGGGCCUCCUGGGGGCCGCAGGCCACGCUCAGCUGCUGCUGCCUGUGUUCUGCCUGGGGCCACCCUCCCGACUUGAGCUGCAGAGUAGUCUGCAGAUGGCUGCAGCUUGUGCUGGGCCUGGAGGUGCCCAGGAGGAGGCCAAGCUGCAAACCACGGCUGGCUGCUCCUAGUGCUGGGCCUGGGACCACUCGGUGAGAGGUAGGGGGCACACUGAGGCAAGAUGCUGCUUGUUUGAGGGACUUCAGGCAAGUCUGACGUGUGAGCCGUAACAGGCCAUUUGUAUGGGUAAGCCAGUGGAACAGCUUUGGUGGGCCCACGAGUUUGGUAGGGCAUGGUCUCAGGGAAUCGGGAAUACCCAGGGUGGGGUGAACAGUGCGGGCCAGGUUGAGGGACACUCAGAUAUGGUGCCCCACCUGCAGUCCUGGGGGUGGGGCGCUCGUCAAAGGAAGAAUGGCCUCUGCCAGCACUUCUGUCUGGGAGAAAGCUGCUGCCCUACCUGGCGCCAGACAAUUCAGUUUGCCCCGGGAGGACCCUGCUGCCAUCCACAUGCUGGAGCUCAGACAAAGUGCGUUAGAGUAAGUCUGUGUGCAGGCCCCUUUCAAAGGUCCUGCCUGGGACUCCAGAAGCGCUCCGUCUCCCUCAGCCCUAACCCCCACACAUUUUUACAGCCAGAAGUUACAGGGACUUCUCUUCCUAGCACUGGAACCCUGGGCCGCGGGGCCUGGUUGGGGCUGGGACCCCUCACUCUUUAGGGAGCAUCUCCACAGCCAAGAUACCGCUCCUGAAUUUUACCUACCACACGGGGUGGGGCCAGCCUGUUCUGUGUCUCCACCCUUCCUGCCAGUCUCGAUGUGGCUGCUUCUUUAAAUCUCUAGUAGUAGGACCUCUAUUCAACCAGAUUUCAGGCAGUUUCUGAAUGAUGGUGGUUCCGUAGUGUAGCUGUAAUUUUGUUGUGGUUGUGGGAGGAGGCGAGUACCACAUGUACCUGCAUUGCCAUCUUGACUGUCUCUAUUGGAUCUUAAAAGUAGUCUCAUUGCUAUCAUAUCACUUCGAUAGCUAACUUGAUGACCUGUGUCUCCUUUUUAUUGUAAUACCAAAUCUUACUAUUAAGAAUUUUUAUCUUAAAUUAUUUUAAAAUCAUGUUAUAAAUUUCCACGUAUAAUAUCUUUAAAGUUUAACAGUGGCUUGGUUAAGUAGAUUUUUCACAUUGACCUUAGAAUAGUUUUAAGUAGUUCUGGACCAAAAGACGUCAAUUUUGUGAGUAUUAAGCAACCAACGUCCCUCAUUUUUAUUCCAAAUAUCAAUGUGACAAAAUAAAAAGGGUCAGAAAUUCAAAAUGGUUGUUAAAGAUCAGUCAGUUCUUUGCUGCUUUCUGAGUACACACGUGUUGUGCAUCUUCCUUGCUUUAGAAUUCCCUAAAUUUUUGGCUCCCAAGAACCUGAGUUAAAAUAAAAUGAUAGGGAAAUCAUAUCGACCCACCCAGAAUUCAAAUGUUUAAAAUGUAAUUAGAGGUGGAAAUCUAGGUAAUGGAAGCUUUAAAGUGUUUUGUUUUUUCCCUUGAAAUAAACUUUUUUAGCUUAGUGUCUUGGAAGGAGACUCACAUUAAAAGCAGUUACCUUUUAUGUCUGGUGGGACGAAGCCGCUGUUAUCUAAUACCACCCACAGUUUAUAGAAGCAGUAUUUAAUGAUGCUGCCAAAUUGUUUAGUACUAACAAUAUGGCAUCCAUACCAUUUUUUCUUUUCUCCAAUCAUUAUUAAAAUAAUUUAAGUACAUGGUGACUUUGACUGUGGUUAUUGGUGUAAAAUAAAUCCAGGCAGUUUAAUAGUUACUAGAUUAUAAUAGCUUUUAAGAAAACUACGUUUGAUUUCUCAAUGUCCUGAUCUGUUUUCAACACGAAGAGUGACCAGUGCCGUGCGGAAAACCAGAACCAAGUGUGCUGCGCCUAUGACAAUGACUGCGUUUUGCGCGUAGAAGGCCCUGGCUUUGAUGAGUGGACGUGAGAAUGGUUUGUGAUGUUACACUGGUAACAUCCUAGGAGUGUAUAUUUGGCAUACAAUUUUGGUUCACAAACAUAUCCAUAAAAAUGCUUUCAUAUGGCAGUAUCAAAGUAUAUGAAACAUUUUCUAUGUAUGUAAAUCGGCAUCUUCAUACUAGUGAGCAAGCAAAUGGCAAUUGAUAAUGAAUGCAGUUCAUUUUGGAUGGUAGUGCGCAUUGUCAAGAAGCUAUGUAAUGAUAAUAAAUAUAUAUCGACUUA